CGCGGUCGACAUGCGUAAGACCACGGCGACGAAAAAAUGUCGGAUUUACAAAUAAUGGGCAAGAAAUGCUGCAACUCAAGUUCAAAGACACUUCAUAGUUUCCGCGAAGUCUCUUUGACACAAUGCAAUCUUCUAAGGUUCUUAUUGUUGGGUCUGGACCCGCAGGCCUCAUCCUUGGUCUAUCACUCCUGAAGAACGGAAUACCAGUCCGGAUUAUAGAGAAGGAUGUGAAGCAUCAUAAUGGCGAACGUGGUUCUGGAGUCAUGCCACGCACGCUUGAAAUUGAGCAUUUCCUUGGUACAGAUGAAGUCCACAAGACUGGGGCCAGUCUAGCAACGAUUCACAUUUUCGACCCGAAAGAUCCUUACCGCAUCAUAAGGUCAUCAAGAACAAUGCAGGACAUCGAGUCAACCCCCGCAUGCCCAAUUACCCGAUCAGUGGUCCUUGGCCAAUGGCGCCAUCAAGCUAUCCUUCGCAAGCACAUCGAAGCUCUUGGCGGAAAGGUUGAGCUUGGAUCUGCCUUUAUUGGCUGUACACAGGACGAGAAUGGUGUGAUGGCGGAGAUUCAUAAAGUGAUAGAUGGCGUCGAGCAGACAGAAAAGGCUCGCUUUGAAUACCUCGUGGGUGCGGACGGUGGUCGAAGUACUUCGAAUGUUCUCUCUUUUUAUAUUCUCAAGUUGCUUACCCUUAUUGUAGGUGUUGUGCGGAAAGAUAUGGGUGUCAAUUUCCUUGGAGAAACACGUACAGAGGGUAGGCUGCAUCUUGUUGAUGCUCGUAUAAAGGGCCUUGAUGUCGACACGGACGUUCGUAUGUGGGGUAGCUUUAGUUCCGCAUUGGUGGUUCUUAGGCAGACGGUGCAGCCUGGCCUGUUCCAGGUGGCCUUUUCUGGACCCGAGACGAGAUUUGACUACCUCAAAGAACACGAUGACCCGCAAACAAUCCAGGACGAGCUACAGAGGAUCACGAACCGCACUGAUCUUCAAGUCACCGAGAUAAUUUGGCAUGGCGAGUGGAGACCGAACAUUCGCAUGGUGGACCGCUUCCAGGUCGGACGACUGUUCAUCAUUGGCGACGCAGCACAUACGCACUCUCCAACAGGGGGACAGGGGUUGAACUCCAGCGUGCAAGAUGCUUUCAACCUUGCCUGGAAGCUUGCUUUAACAAUCAAAGGGACUGCAUCGCCACGUUUACUAGAAUCCUACGAAGGCGAGCGCCUCCCAGUGAUCGCGGAGAUGCUCAAGCUCACGACCAAAUUACUCGACCGCUUCAUCCAGACUGACACCAAUCCUGAGAAGUACGUCAAAGAAGCGGCAGAGAAACAGUCAAAUAAAAAUACGAGGAAUGAAGACAUAUGGUUCCGCGAUCGGAAACUUCUGCAACUCGACCUACACUAUCGCUGGAGCCCGGUAGUCGUUGAUGAGCGUUUCUUAGACCCUAAUUCGGGGCCUACAGAUGUAUAUGGCGUGUCAACCAACGAAAAGAGAGCUGGAGACCGUGCUCCCGACGCACCAUCCCUCUCUGGAGUAAAUGCCCCAGAUCGUCUUUUUGACAUAUUCAACCCAGCUAUGCACACAGUAUUGCUGUUCGUGGCAGAUCAGUCCUUAGUCGAGCAAGCGCACACGAUCAUAGCACCGCUCUCCUCGAUUGAUGGCGGAUUGAUACAGAAAGUACUUGUGUUCCCAGCAGGCGUAGACGCGUCGAACUUUUCAACCAGUGACAUGAAGUAUAUUGUUGUGGACUUGGAAGGGCACGCAUUUACCAAUUAUGGUGUGAACCGUUUGGAUGGUUCACCAACGGUGGUGAUUGUACGACCUGAUGCUAUGAUAGGGGCAUUCCUAAAGACGGAGGCUGGCACUCGCAAAUAUAUUUCUGCGGUCUUUCUGACGAAUCCGUGAUUGCUUCAUUGAUACCCUAUUUACUCUAUUUGCACUUUCGUUAUUCAAAUAGAAUCCCAGCUCAGUUGUUUGCCG